AUGGGAGGCAAAUCGCUGUGCCUCCUGAUUGCCGUUGUGUUGAUUGCAUACUACCUUUACAGCCCCAUUCCAGAGAAUGUGGAGGACCGCUGGAAAUUGAUGUUCAUCAGUGCUGCCUUUCGAACUGUAGGACAUGUGGCUACGUUAGCUGAGAAUUUGGGUCUUGCGCACCACAUGGAGAUUCUGAUGAUGAUCACAAGCAUGGAAUUAACAGCACCAGUAUCUGAUGAAAAGGUCACUGUGAUGGACACAGAAUUUAAUGGUGUUCCAGUUCGUCUGUACCUCCCUAAAGGGCAGCCUGAUUCCUUGAGAAGAGCAGUCAUUUAUAUUCAUGGGGGUGGAUGGUGUGUAGGAGGGUCAGCCAUGGAACCCUAUGAUGUCCUGUCGAGAUGGACUUCAGAAAGACUAAAUGCUGUCAUCAUAUCAGUCGAGUACAGACUGGCACCGAAGUAUCAUUUUCCAGUUCAGUUUGAAGAUGUGAAAACAGUGGCAAAGUACUUCCUUCAAAGCAGUGUUCUCAAACAAUACAAUGUAGACCCAAGCAGGGUCUGCAUUGCGGGAGACAGUUCAGGAGGGAACCUAGCUGCAGCUGUAGCACAGCAGCUUCUGGAUGAGCCUGAUGUCAAAGUUAAAUUCAAGAUCCAAGUAUUAUUUUAUCCAGCUCUUCAGACCAUUGAUCUGGAUUUGCCAUCCUAUCAAGAUAAUGAAAACAUGCCAAUUCUGCCUAAAUCAUUAAUGCUCAGAUUCUUCAGUGAAUACUUUACAACUGACAUUGCUCUAAACAAAGCAAUGGAAGCUAACCAACAUGUUCCUCCGGAACAAAGUCAUUUGUUCAAGUUUGUAAACUGGAGUAACUGGCUACCGGAACAGUUUAAAAAAGGUCAUGUUUAUACCAGUCCGAAACAUGGAAAUUCUGAACUUGGACAGAAGUACCCUGGGUUCCUGGAUCCAAGAGCAGCACCACUAUUAGCUGACGACAUCAAGUUGCGUGGCUUACCGCUCACAUACAUUGUCACAUGUCAAUAUGAUGUCUUGAGGGAUGAUGGACUCAUGUAUGUCUCACGACUUCGGAAAGUUGGAGUUCCAGUAGUACAUGACCAUGUUGAGAAUGCUGUUCAUGGUGCUCUGAUGUUUAUUACAAGUCCAUUUAUCCUAAAUAUGGGACAGAGGAUGACCAACAACUACAUUGAUUGGCUGGAUAAGAACUUAUAAAGGAAACAAUAUCUAUAGAAUGUCACUGGAUUCUGCUCAUUUGGACUGGGUUUUAUAUGGUUUUGCAGGAAGAAAUUAUCUUUUGGAUGAGUUGUUUUGAUAUUGUAAUUCUGUGGAUAUUACAGUUCAUAUACAAUCAUUUGGA